CCUCCAGACCACUUAUUUCGUUUCGCAUCACAAAAACUUCAACCUCUCCUGCCGUCGUCAAUCUUUCUCUUCCGUUUCCGCUGAAAAGCAGUUCACACAUCCCACAUGGCACCCAUUCCGUUUGCCAUCAUUGGUACCAAUUGGAUCACCCAUUCCUUCGUUUCACACGCCCACGCAACUGGGAAAUGGGUACUCAGGGCUGUCUACUCGCGCAAGGAAGACACCGCAAAGGAGUUCGCCUCCAAAUACAAUGACGGUGCAAACAUCUCCCUCCACACGUCGAUCGAGGCCCUGGCGAACGACUCGAAUAUCACCGCCGUGUACAUCGCCUCGCCGAAUAUCCUGCACUAUGAGCACGCAAGAGCCAUGCUCCAGGCGGGCAAGCACGUCGUGGUAGAGAAGCCCGCCACCACGACCUCAGCACAGCUUGCAGAGCUGUUCGAGCUCGCGCACAGCAAGGGAUUGUUCCUCUUCGAGGCAUUCCGGCACGUCCACGAAUCGAACUUCCGGGUUCUGAAGAAGGAGGUGGAUGCCGGGAGGGUAGGGAGGUUACUCGGUGCGGAGCUGCGAUACUGCCAAUUCAGCUCACGCUACGAUGCGGUGCUGAAGGGGGAGAAGCCCAAUGUGUUCAAUCUGGACUUUGGCGGCGGUGCCUUGAUGGAUCUGGGCGUGUACUGCGUGUCCGCUGCGGUGAGGCUGUUCGGUGAGCCAAAAGAGAGCACGUAUUUCCCCGUCAUGGUCCCACAGACGGGUGCCGACGGCGGAGGGACAUUGGUACUCAGGUAUGCAGACGGUUUCAACGUCACGCUGGUAUUCAGCAAAAUGUGGCAUAGCGGGGCGCCUACAGAGGUGUGGGGUGAGAAGGGCACGCUGGAGAUCCCGACCAUCACGGACAUUGAGGGUGUGAGGUUCUGGGACCCGAGGGCAAAGAAGGGAGAGGAAAUGGGUGUCAAGAAGGAGGACCUCAACCUCAAGGAGGAAGCGGAAGUGUUUGCGGAUAUUUUCAUGGCAGGGGAUAGGGAAGCCAUGAAGGAGUGGGAAAAGCUCAGCAUGGCGGUGGCCAGGGUCACCGAGAAGGUGAGGAAGGACUGUGGGUUGUUGAUUCAAGGGUCAUGAGGAGGUGCAUACAUUUGCAGGCGCCACAAUUAUCCGGCUAAGCGGUUUUAUGGUAACCACAUCUAUCUCCAACGAAGUACAGCGCCCAGCCAUGUCAUGGAAUGUUCUUGGGAAAUGCUUACUGCGAGUUUCAAUGCUCCUUUACUUGAAGGCCCCACAAUGUUGAGAAGGUCAUUUGAGCGCGCUCAUGCACAUGACAAGCCCACGCAGCAGCCACGAGGACUAGAAGUGAUCUGCUCUACCGCUCAGUGAUAGCGCUGGCUCUUCUCUGCUCUUUUUGAUUCUGAGGGAAUUCCACCGGCCCAGUCUCUUGUCGAUCAGCAUUGCCACAGACCCACGAUCAUCCCGUUCCCACGAUCCAGAAGCUCAGAACCGGGGGUUUACGACCCAACGCAG